GUAUCAGGUGUAUUAGCUAAUCAUCAUCAAAAGAUAAAAAAGCAUAAAAAACUUAUCGAAAGCAUAGAUUUUUGUAGCUUAUGUACUUAAUCGCAUACUGAAAAAUUCAUAUCUCAAAUUAAACAGGCUCAAUUUAGCCGAAAUCGUACUUUGACUCAAAAUUUUAUGGAAGUUGCAUGAAAUUCAAAGACUAGAAUUAAAAUCUUGUCAGGAUUGCCAAAAAAAAGAUGUGACUCGUGAGAAAAACUGAAGCUGUGAUUCAUAAAUUAAUUUACGGUCAGUCAUGAAAGUUAAUUCUGAGAGCUGCCUUAUAACUUUGAACGGGCCACUGAUGUAUCUGGAAAAAGUGGUAUUCGGUAUACUAUAUGUCAGUUUGUGCGGGAGAGGAAGCUGUUAGUCACUACGGUAUAUCAUAUCUUAUCAUCUGAUAGUGAUAAUAGAUUUCGUUUGUAGCCAUAAAGGUGUGGUGCUGAAAAUCAGUAACGGCGAUCGAUAGUUUUUUUAAAAGGAACUCCAUCGACGUUUGUGGUACCUGCAAGUUUGUGCGAGAAUGCCAAUUGCCUAAAAAUUCCAGUUUAAAGAUGCAUUUACGCGAUAAGAUGAAGAUGUUUUCAUUCCUGGCGCUUUUCGCCAUCGCGGGAAUCUUAGCACAAGAAAAUGCUUCGGCAGAUUUAUCGAAUUCGUUGAUUGAGUGUUACAAUAAUUCGCUGAUACUUGAAAGAGACAACAGGCUACCAAAUAACAUACAUACGCUAAUUGCCAUCCUCCGUAAAAUUGAAAAUCUGCCUGGACUCAAUAUGGAUCUGCGUACGCUGUCUACCGCGAUUCUCCACAGGUUCCGGCAAGAUGGUAUUGAACGAAAUCCGAAUGUAGUUGCCCAGGUUGGUGUAAUUCCAUUUGCCCCACUUGGCCAUUCCUUUCAUCGGCAUGUUGCAACCCUUCAACUGAUACCAGGUAGUGCCGUUAAUUUUCCGAAUGCCAGUCUCACCAUUGCUGAAAGGUGCACGUUGCAUUACAUGAUAUCGAGCACUAUUGAAAGACUGGAACGUGGCGACGAAGGUACAGUGUGUCAAUCUAUAUCACAAACAGCACAGUAUAGAGAAAAACGUGAUGCAAAUUACGAAAUAACAACUGGAGGCAUUACGGAUGACGCGGAGACUCUAUCACCUGAAGAGUUAGAAUUAAUAAAGCAUAGGACUGGAGACUUCCAAUCAAAGGCAACUACGGAUGAUCCUACCUGGAUGUAUCCACCACUACCUCCAAAUCAUCCAGAUAGCGCUCGCAUUAUAGCUCAUCAUGUUCAGAGUACAUGUCCUGUUGAAAGUGGCGUCAUACAUACAGAUUGGGGGGCUGUUGCAGCUGGUCCUCUCCUGGCUGGGAUCGCUGCUGCUUUAGAACCACAGACAACGGCUCUGAGGGAUAUGUUGAGUGCACAAGCGGUAUCAGAAGGGUAUGCUAGUGGUUCUGCCAUACACAACAGGUGGUUGGCAACAAUAGCAGGUGAUUUGGCAGAAGUGGCUUUGAUGCAAGGCCCACUGCAAAGAAGUACCACAAAUAUCGGUGUGACUGGGGCAUUCAACGCGACCACACAACCGAAAUGGUACUUCUUGACUAGUACCGAUGACCUCCAAAUGACCACAGCAGAAAUACGAGGUGACCUCGAUGGUUUGAUUCUGGCAGACAGUGUGCAGAGGUGGUACUCGGCCGUUAGAAGCUUAAGGCUCUCCCAGAUUUUGGACGCAUAUUACAGCUCUCAAGGAGUAUUUAAUGCUAGUAUGCGCGCAUGUAACAGACGAACACACUUCACCACAGUUGCCGCGUUAUCAACAAUGGCCGAUCAGGCAUUUAGUGCAGCCCUGCGGCUCUCGGUUACAAAGCUAGCAGGAGCAAGGAUUAGUGCUGAAAUCAUACAAAACUACACAGUUCAUGCUACCAAUGCACUCAGUAGCUUCAUUCCAACUUCAUUAAACAAUGAUCUGACUUGCACCGAAACUGACUUGUCAGCUGGUUUGAAUAGGGCUACGACACAUUUAACUAUUCUUCUAGAUACCUUCUGGCCAUAUGAUUCCGUGCAACCUAUUAUAACAGCUGUAUUGGAAGGCAUUGAAGUUGGAAUGUACAACAGUAACUUCACUAUAAUAAACGGCCAGAACGGUAGCAUACUGAUAAACUGUACGAACUCGCUCCUCGAUUUCUACACGUUCAAUUCAACCCAAUACAAUAACCUACCAAAAGGCUUCGACUUACCCAGGUCAUUGGAUACCGUAAGACGUCUCCAGACUGACCGUUUGAAUGAAGAACAAAUUCGGAACACCGGCGGCAGCAGUUCAGAAGUUGUACUGAUCCUAUUUUACUCAUCAACCAUUUCAGAUUCAGACAGAAGUUACUGUGCCGAACAGUUGAGGCUUAUGAGAUUGGAACUACCUGAUACCUCGUUCCUCUACGUAUCAUUUGGAUCCAGGGAUAUUUGGUCCAGUUUAGCAGUCGACCUUUCCAGUGACACCAUCAGUGUCACAACACUGGGAAGUACAAAUCUAAGGAGAACGAGUGCUCCGAUUAUAUCAAGAAUAAAAGAAUUCCCCAAGCGCCUGAUAAACUCUGCAUGUGGCGCUUCAUUUUCAUCAUCCGGAAACUCGGGCUCGUUUGACGACUACGUAGAACCCUCUGGAAUUAAUUACUACAGGAUGCAUCCUAACUAUUUUGAUUACAACACUGCCACUAUCAAUGUAUUAGGUGCCGGCUGGGGGACCCUAAACGUAUGUCAUUCACGCAGCAUUAUUCAGCCAAAUUCGUCUAUGAGCGGUGAUGUGAGCUGUACAACAGUGACUUCUAACACACACACUAUAGAGUUUUCAUGCGGCGAUACCAGUUUAAUAAGUGACUGCUCGCCGCUCUAUCUAUCUGUGCAAGCUGAUCCUUCCAACUCUAUAGUCUACCAGUGCACUGAUGCUACUGUGUGCCGUUACCCAAACAUGCGCAAGUACACUAUAUCAUACGGGAAUCUUGUAUGCCGCAGCAACGCCAACACUCUGAAGCUUUAUCCAAUAAUUUUGAUUGCACUUAUCGUUUUUAAUUUUUUUCACUAGUAAAAACUAAAUGGGCAUUAUAUAAUGGUAGAAAAAACGUAUGAAAUAAUCUGCUCUUUAUGUCACAGUUGUUUCAAAGAAUCAGUUUGACGGAAAGUUUUUUGAUUCCGCUGAAUUUUUAUAAGGUAUUAUCAAGAUAAUUCUUGUUACCGUAGAAAUUACCAAUGCAAAAUGUACACAGAUUUCUCGAAUAUUGAAAAACUCUCAUAUCAUGAUGACUUGAAGAGGCAAGUGCCUCAUCUUAGACAAACUACUAGCAUAAAUUUCACUGAUAUUUUAUCAUCAACAAUCACAUGCCAUUACUCGAGAAUUAUGAGAAACAGGCUUUCAACUUAUUAUAGGAUUAAUAAAUUUCGGUAUCGUUUUUCAUUUUCGAUCAACCUUUUUUAUUCUACUUAUCUACUAGACAUUAGAUUUAAUCGAUUAAAGUGUUACUGUACAAAUCAGUAAACAAUUAUGCAAAUAAAAGAGGGAUUUCCACGUCAA